AUGUAAAUUUAUCCACAACCUUAGGAUGAAACGGAUCGAAAAUUGAUAGAAAUCCCUUUCAAUAUUAAGGAGCAAACUCAAUUAAAUAAAUACUAAUCAGAGAGCAUUGAAACAACCUAAAAAGAUUAAUUAUCAUCCUAAUUCAAAUCUAAAGGAUUACUCUCUUCUGAUCAAAAAUCCAAUUCAUAAAAGAAAGUUCGGCUUGAUUCGACAGGUUAACCAAUACUUAAAAAAUCCAAAGCACAUCAAAUUACAUUUAGCAAUGAAUUAUGUCAAAUAUAUUAUGUAGAAAGUUGGAAAGAAUAUAAUUCAAAUGAUAUAAAAGAGGAAGAGAAAGAAAACUGUUGCCCUUUUUGCACAAUGUUUUGAUAUUAUGAGCGAG